AUGGAAGACAACACUGAGCAACACAAGAAUAACAUUAUAUAUGAACUAGUUGAUGAUGACGGUAAUGAUGGUGAGUAUAAUAUUCAUAAUGAAGAUGAUAUCGUCAAUUCUAAUAAUAUUCCAACCGAAAGAGAUAUUAAGCGUCUAGAUGAAUUAACUGAAAAGGAUGUGUUUGAAAUGACAUUUGAUUCAGAAGAAAACGGAGAAAGAUUUUAUAAUUCGUAUGCUAAGGUGAAAGGCUUUAGUAUUCGAAGGGAUCAAUUGUAUAAGGACAAGAAUAAUAUGGUUAUAUCAAGGAGUUGGGUAUGUUCAAAAGAAGGAUAUAGACAAUCCAAAUACCUUGAGGUUGAAGAACGUAAAAGAGAACCAAAACAAUUAACUAGAGUUGGUUGUCGUGCUUGUUUUCGUAUCAAAUACAAUCGGAGUACUUCCAAAUAUGAAGUGAAUGAAUUUUUCAAGGAGCACAAUCAUUCCAUGAUAGGGCCUCUUGGUGUUCAAUUUCUUCGCUCACACCGGAAUGUUACGAGUGCCGACAAGGCACAAGGCAAUGCAAUGCAUCAUGUUGGUAUGAGGACAAGUCACAUUAUGGACUUUGCUGCACAACAAGCAGGUGGUUAUGAGAAUGUUGGGUUCAUACAGAAGGACAUGUACAACCAUUUUGGGACUGAGCGUAGAGUGCAAGUUGUCGAUGGUGACGCAAAAGGUGCUUUGGCUUACUUUUGUGGUAAAGAAGAGCAAGAUCCAAUGUUUUAUUAUAAAUAUGAUGUAGAUGAAGAAAAUCGAUUAAAUAAUUUGUUUUGGACUGAUGGUGGAUCUCGAACAGAUUAUCUGUAUUUUGGUGAUGUGUUGAUGUUUGAUACUAUAUAUCGGACAAAUGCGUACAACGAACCUUUUGUGAUACUGCAAGGUGUGAGCAACCACUUUCAAACAACUGUUUUUGGGUGUGCACUGUUAACUUCCGAGAUAGUAGAGACAUACAUAUGGGUGUUAGAGAAAUUUCUUGAUGCGAUGGAUCACAAGAUGCCUCUGUCUGUAAUCAUUGACGAGGAUAAGGCCAUGUGUAGAGCAAUCAAAACAGUUAUGCCUACUGCUCGACAUCGAUUAUGUAAAUGGCAUCUUAAAAUGAAUGCUCUUUCCAAUAUCCACAUAGAGGGAUUUCUUCAUAGCUUUGAAAAAUGCAUGUCAAUGCAAUGUACACAAGAAAUGUUUGAAUUAGAGUGGAAGAACCUUGUAGACAAGUAUGGCCUUCAUAAUAACAAGUGGAUUGCAGAUGUAUAUUGCAAGCGUACUCUAUGGGCUGAAGCAUACCUCCAUGGACAUUUCUUUGCUGGUGCAAAAAGAACGCAACGUUAUGAGAGUAUGAAUGCAUUUUUGAAUCGAUUCCUAAAGGUGCGCCUAAGGCUCUUUGAAUUUGUAAGGGCAUAUGAUAGAGCACUUGCAAGACUUCGCCAUAACGAAGCUAAGGCACAAUCCGAAACUGAGAAUAUCACUCCUAUUCUUUCUACAGGUAUGAAAAGGAUUGAAAGACAUGCAGCUGAUAUAUUUACUCGUGCCAUAUUUUUCAAAUUUCGCGAACAAAUAAAAUCCGAGCAAGUGUUAUUUAUGUCAGGAAAAACUGAUAUAGAAGAUAUUCACGUAUACUAUUUGUCUAUGUAUACACAUCCAGAAUCCACAUGGAAUGUACAAUAUCGACCAAGUGAUCAUGCCAUGAAAUGUUCUUGUUUGUAUAUUGAAUCAUGUGGAAUUCCAUGUUCCCAUAUGGUAUCAAUCAUGAAAAUGGAGCAUUUGAAAGAAAUUCCCUCUAGCUGUAUAUUACAAAGGUGGACAAAAAAUGUCAAGUCUUCCACUUUACUUGGUAAGACCCCUUUUCCAGAAUGGGUUACGCAAACAACACGGUUUGGUGCAUUGUCAAGUGCAUGUACUGAGAUGUGCUCUUAUACUUCACACUUAACCAAUGGAUACGAAGAAGCUAGGGAUGCAAUGACAAAGUUAACAUGUCGAAUGAAAGAUUUGUAUGUCCAACAUGUUGAAAGAAAUGGAACAAAAGGAAAAGCCAAUGUUGAAGGGACAUGUUUACAUUUUGGUGUUAGUGAUCCUCCCUUUACAAAGACGAAGGGAAGUCGUUCUGUUGCAAAUGAUAAGUUUUCAAAGCCAAGAAAAUGUGGUCAUUGCAGAGGUACUGGUCAUACAAGGAAUAAGUGUCCAAAACUAGAAAAUGAGAAUAUUGAUUCUUUUCCUACACAAGAUACUUAUGUAUCAGGGGCAAGCAUGUUACACCAAGAAGGUGGUUUCAAUGUCGACCUUACUUUUACUAAUAGUGACUACAAUAUAAUGGGAUAUGGUUCCAAUGGGCACCCUACUUUUGUUGGAACUGACUACAAUAUAAUGAGAUGCGAUUCCAAUAUCUAUCCUAACUUUGUGGUACGUACAUGCUCAGAAACUCCUGACAGCAUUUAUGGCCGUGUCGUAGGAGGGAUAAUUGACUUGUCAAAGUGA